UCAGACGUCAUUCUUGUACGAUUUUCGUUCCACAAAAAUGGUAAACAAAAAAUAAUUGUUUUAGAUUGAACAAUUCAAGUUUCAUCGGAAAACAGCAUCUCAAGUAAAUUAAACCAACGUGCUUAUGUCUCAUUGUGAUGAGUCAAAAUUGCGAAGAAAGUCCAAUAUCGGACAAUAAGAUGGACAUAUCGGAUACAACCACAGCAUCUCAGGAAUCGCCAUCAGAUGGUGACCAAUUGAUACGGCCUAAUGAUAUACAACAAUCCACAAACUUAAACGAAGAUAGUGUGUCACAGAUAUCGACAACAGCAAUAACCGAACUGACCGAAAGCCCAUACAACAGUAAUACGCUGGAGUAUACAUCGAGAAGCAAUAGGGAAUUGGACAAUCGUAAUAAUUGUUUAACCUUGGAGGAAGAUGAAAAUGUCACCAACCAUCACACAUCGACAACAUCGAUGCCCGAUUCUAGGAGUGGGUUUACUUUGGCAUCCAGCCAUCCGCUGAUGUCGCCAAACGACUCAGAUUCGGAGAAUGGUCAACCCACCAAACAUUUCAACUAUCCAGAUGUUGUACCUGAGCCGUUGCGUUUAGCUAAUCCAAAACCCAAAGCUAAAGCAAUUGACUCGAUGUCAACAUCAUCAGCAACAGCAACCACAACAACGACUAGUGCUUUAAAUCAGACGCUGGACGUCAUUAACAGUGGGGUGGAGAAUAUUUCUCUGAUGUCACCAAGCAAAUCAGAAUCGUUGCACGGAAUGAGUUCGGAUUAUCUGAGCAGUGGCGAAUCCGAACCGGAUUUAUCUCAGUAUCAGGCCACUGUAACGCCGACAUUUCAAUCGGUCGCAUUGGUUUCAAAUAGUUUUAGUCGUCCCGUGGACAAUACAAUGCCGGUAACACAACGAAAAAUAACGCUGACAUCGGAAUUGAUGUCUGAAGAUGUCUCAUCGGAAGAUUCGAUGUCGAACAGUUUCGACGAGGACAAUGAUAGUAAUUUGGUGUCGGCUAGUGUUUCGAGUAGUGUCCUCGACGAAACGUUGAACGAUAUCGACAAAGAUGAUGAGAAUGAAUCGGCCUGUAAUUUACCUGUGGAUCGCAUACCGCCCUAUUCAGCAGCCGAGGAGUCCAGAGACUUGAGAAAUUGGCAAAAAAUUACUCUACCCGAUGGCCGUACGAGAGACAUCGACAUGAAAGUAAUCGAGCCAUACAAACGUGUGUUAUCGCAUGGUGGAUACUUGAAUGCAGGUGGACACAAUGCCAUUGUCGUAUUUAGUGCGUGCCAUUUGCCUGAUCGUUCACGAGCCGAUUAUCACUACGUCAUGGACAAUCUGUUUUUGUACGUCGUUAAGACUCUGGAACAAUUGGUCACGGAGGAUUACGUUCUCAUUUACUUGCACGGUGGAUCCAGUCGAGGAAAUGUUCCGCCGUUCCCGUGGCUAAAAAAGUGCUAUCAACUUCUGGAUCGACGUUUGCGUAAAAGUCUCAAGAAUCUAUUUAUGGUUCAUCCGACAUUUUGGCUGAAAUCUGUGGUUUGGAUGGCCAGACCGUUUAUCAGUUCUAAAUUCUGGCGAAAAUUGGUUUACAUUCGUACGUUGGAAGAGUUGUAUCAUUCAGUUCCUGUUGAGAAAGCGGCCGUCCCAGAAAAGGUUAAAAAAUAUGAUGUAAAAUAUGCAUAGGAACAACGUUACAGUAGUGAAUUUAUGCAACAGGUAAGGUUGUUGCAUCAAAUUUUUGAAUUCUCUUUGUCUGGGAACAGCACUCUCAUAUUUAUUGUUUGUGAUAUUUUGAAAUUUUAAUUUAAAGUUGGAAGAAGAACCGGAAACUCUCAUUCCUUUUUUGUCUAUGAGAAUUUAAAACUGCAAGAGAAGAGUAAGGUGCGAUAAACAAUAGAUAUUUGUAAUAACGAAAAACCUUCAUAUUUUCAUAAAUUGCGAUUUAUAAUGUGAAUGGGGUCGGGGUGGGAAUUGUUAUGUACAUUUUGAAGGAUAUACAAAAAGUGUACGUAUUACAUGCAUGCAUCAAUAUAAAAUCUAUAGUUUUGCUAAUCGAUUAUUAUCGAGAAACAAAUGGUUCACUAUUUUGGCCAAAGUUUAUUUCCUUUCGCAAAAUAGAGUGAAUACAAUAAUAAUUGUUUCUUUAUUGCACAGAUUUAUUAAACAACAACAACAAAACAAAAACAAAAUUACAAAUACGAGUAUACAUCGAGUAGAUAAAUAAAAUCUUAUUCAGAAUAUUAUAUUAAAUGCUCUGCACUGCGUUUACAACAACUCAAUAAUUUAUAAGUAUGUGUGGUGCAACCGGAUUAUAUUUAAAUACAGAAAAUGAAGAAGAACAACUAUUGUAAAUAAUGUGGAAAUAAAAAUUGGUAUGUGAAAUUACAUGUAAUAAAAGUCUAAGCAAUCAAUAA